AUGCAGUCAGUGCUAGUAACAGGGCAGUCAAUGCAGUCAGUGCUAGUAACAGGGCAGUCAAUGCAGUCAGUGCUAGUAACAGGGCAGUCAAUGCAGUCAGUGCUAGUAACAGGAGUCAAUGCAGUCAGUGCUAGUAACAGGGCAGUCAAUGAAUUCAGUCCUAGUGACUGGACAGUCAAUGCAGUCAGUGCCAGUAACAGGGCAAUCACUGCAGUCAGUGCUAGUAACAGGGCAGUCAGUGCAGUCCGUGCUAGUAGCAGGGCAGUCAGUGCAGUCCGUGCUAGUAGCAGGGCAGUCACUGCAGUCAGUGCUAGUAACAGGGCAGUCAAUGUAGUCAGUGCUAGUAACAGGGCAGUCAGUACUAGUAACAAUGAAGUCAAUGCAGUCAGUGCUAGUAACAAGGCAGUGAAAUCAGUCAGUGAUUGUAACAUGACAGUCAGUACUGUCAGUGCUAGUAACAUGGCAGUCAGUACUAGUAACAGAGCAGUCGAUGCAGUCAGUUCUAGUAAUAGGGCAGUCAGUACUAGUAACAGGACAGCCAGUGUUAAUAACAGAGCAGUCAAUGCAGUCAGUUCUAGUAACAGGGCAGUCAAUGCCGUCAGUUCUAGUAACAAGGCAGUGAAAUCAGUCAGUGCUAGUAACAUGGCAGUGAAAUCAGUCAGUGCUAGUAACAUGGCAGUCAGUACUAGUAACAGAGCAGUCGAUGCAGUCAGUGUAGUAACAAGGCAGUCAAUGCAGUCAGUGCUAGUAACAUGGCAGUGA